CAUGCACUUUUAUUCAUGAAUGAUUACUAAAUGUAUGCAUUGUCAUGAAGAGAUCGACUUAUAAGAGACUGCAUGCAGGCUUAUUUCUUUCAUUAGAUUUUUUUCUUUGUUCUUUCUUUAGCUCUAGCAAUUAGUGGGUUGUUUUUAUGUAUAAUUUGUUGUGGUUUGGUUAAAUUAAAUGCAAUGUACAUGGCUCGUUUUAUAGUCCUGCUUGCAGCACAUUGUUUACUUGUUUCUUCAUAUGCCCAGAAGAUAGAAAUCCUUUCAAUCAAGUCAUGUCAGUUUCAAUAAGUUCAUCUUUUGUCGAGAAACAAGUGAUUGGGCCUGAAGAUGGAGUCGAGCAGAUUCAGGUACUUCCUGCAGUUGAGGAUAAGUAUGGUGGAGUUGUUGUGGAAUUGAAAGGUGAUCAAACCUUGGAUUCUGAGGUUUAUUCUUCUUCGCUCAGAUUUUCAAUGUCACAAUGGAAACAAAAGGGGAAGAAGGGCGUUUGGAUCAAAUUGCCUAAGCAACUCUCGAACCUUGUUGAUGUGACAGUUAAGGAAGGAUUUAGGUACCACCAUGCCGAACCAGAUUACCUAAUGCUGGUGCAUUGGAUACCUGAAACAGUUGAUCCUCUUCCUCCAAAUGCUUCACACCGGGUAGGCAUUGGUGCUUUUGUCGUAAGCAGUAAGAGAGAGGUGCUUGUGGUUCAGGAGGCCAAUGGCUUUUUCCGAGAUACAGGUGUAUGGAAGCUGCCAACUGGAGUUGUUGAUGAAGGUGAGGAUAUUUUCGCAGCUGCAGUUAGAGAAGUCAAAGAAGAGACAGGAAUUGAGACAGAGUUUGUGGAAAUGUUAGCAUUUAGGCACAGCCACAAGGCAUUCUUUAGAAAAUCGGAUUUGUUUUUCAUUUGCAUGUUAAAACCACAUUCCUUUGAAAUCCAGAAGCAGGAUUUAGAGAUUGCGGCAGCACAGGUAAAAUUUCUGUUAGAUGAAAAAAUCCAUCAUAGAAUAUAUGACAAAACAUAGCAUGAAUGUUAUAUAUAGUCACUCAAUGCAGAAUUCAAUUCAAAAUUUGAGAAACUAUUCUAAUGUGUUACUUUCUGGGAAUAAUUUUCAGUGGAUGCCGAUUGAGGACUAUGCAGCUCAACCUUUCGUCAAAGAAAACAAACUGUUUGAUGAUGUAGCACAAAUAUGUUUAGCGAAAUUGGAUAAGGACUAUGCUGGUUUUACUUCUCUGGCAACAACUACUUCCUCUGGGAAAACCAGCUACUUGUACUUCAAC